AUGGUCAAGGGCGGGAAGCGGUCUACGGAGAAGGUACAGUACGUACCGGUCAUAAUACCGACGGACACGCGCGGACGGACUCCGUCGCGUGCCGUGAUUGAGAAAGCAGUGCUGGCGGCGACGCAAGGUGUUAGCCGAGCCACUUCGAGACCCCGAAAUACCGCGGUCCGAGGCGUCUCCACUAGAGGCGUCUCCACCAGAGGCACUUCUGCACUCUCCAUGAUCCGCAAACAAGAGCAGACGUCUUCCCGACGACGCAGACCGCGCGGCGGCACCAGGAAAUCAACACCCAAGAAUACCAAACGGACGCCCGCCGUCUCAUCCGAUAAACUUGACGCCGAAUUGGAUACAUACAUGGGCGACGACGCCAGAAAACAAAGGUUGGACACCGAGCUGGACUCUUACUUCGCUUCGGUAGAGGACACCUACACUGCGCACGAGCAACAACAGUACACUGCUUCGUCGUUAAACCCGGCUGAACCGCCGGCGAGGACAGGGGAACCUGGUGCUAGCUCACUGGGACCCACUUCGUUGGGAUCCACUUCGUUGGGUGCUGGUCAGAACCUGCCUGGUCAGAACCUGCCUGGUCAGAGCCUACUUGGUCAGAGCCUAUUUGGUCAGAACCUACUUGGAGCAAAUCAAAGUGGACUAGGAUCAGGUGGUUUAACAGGUGGUGGCACAGUGUCUUCGGAGUAUGGUAAUAUGUGGAUCAUUCUGGCAGUGCCAAGAGCGGGCAUCAUGGCGUGUCCGGUUUUGGCUCUGGGUCGGCUUCCCACGAGAUCUGCGGCCGGCGCGGACUCGGGUGAGGCUAGUGAGAGUUACGAGAGCGGUGCGGCGGCAAUUACUUUGGGUAGUCUGUUUGUGGGUAUGCGUAGUGAAAACGAGUCUCAUGUGUUUGCUGCGAUCGAGCGUGGUUAUGAGGCCUACUUAUUGGCCGCCAACCGACGAUUGGGACACCGGUUGGUUUCGCCUUUGUGCACGCCCUAUCGAGUUUUGAGCAAGCUACCACAUAGCUAUGUCUUGUGCAGACCGCGUGUGGGUCAGUCGCUUGAGAUUUACUUACGAAGCUGUGAAGACCUCGCCUGUCUCAGCACGGCACACAAACAGUGGUGGUUCUUACUCAUCAUCUUGGCAACCUUUCAGGCCAAGUGUGCCAAGGUCUCUAUUGACCUCCUCUCUCCUCUAGAUAUUGCCGUUACACCCACUCUAGCCCGCGUCUUUAUCACAGGCAUCGGAUCUACCGGCAACCUCCUCCACUAUCUAUCGCGGCAACAAGCGGCCCUCAUCUGGGAUCUCGUGUUCUGUAGGACUUGCCUCGUCCCCACGGAAUACCACCGCGAAAUCAGCGCGAAGGGUCUAACCAAAAUAUCCAAUCCGACACCUGCACGCGAUUUUGCCACUCCCAGUCCGGCACAAAAGGAGGAGAAGGAAGGAGACGCUGGGAUGACUGAUCAGGGGAAGACUGAUCAUGGGGAAAGACCGUCGACCGCACGUCCUUCUACAGCACACCCUUCCCCCCCACAUCCUUCUAACGGACUUCCUUCUAACGGCCCUCCUUCUAACGGCCCUCCUUCUAACGACCCUCCUUAUAACGGACAUCCUUCUAACGGACUUCCUUCUGUGGCCGGAGCUGCACCGGAACCAAGUGGCGAAACGUUGACAAAAAGCAGCGAGGCCAAUAGCAGCGAAGCGAAAAGCAACCAGGUGAAAAGCAGCGAGGAGGCCGGAGUUAAAGAGUCAACCGUCGUCGGGGCCGGAAUGUUACAGAAAGAGGGCAGUAUUGAUAUGACGGAAAUUCUGUCGCGGAAUGAUGGACGGACAACGAGUGAUAUGGAGGAUGCGUGCGCGAGUCUGGGUGAGCCGAAGCCGCCCCCGCGAAGUGGGCCGUCAUUGGCGGUCGUAAAUGAGGUUGGGAGUCCCAGUGCUGGAAACAUUGGUAAAGUCGUUUUCGUGUCGAGUGCGCAGCGAUUGCGAGAGUUGCUUUCAGUGAAUGUUGGAGAUGAGGGAGUGGUCAAGGAGAUCCACCGGGCCUCGCCGAUGUCGGUUGAUAACAAGGGCGUUACGGAGAUGCAUGCAGUCAGGUGCCAAGACUGUACAGUAGCCCCUGAGACGUUUUUGGACUACGAUGUUCUCUCUGACGGAUCUUCAGGUUUACUAACUCAGACAACUUGGAACGAUGAGGGAGUCUUUUCUCUUGGUUGUGUUGCUGCGAGACUCUUUUGUCCAGUACCUACCACCCACCUGUUUGAUAUCAUCUCGAUCCUGGAAAUAAGACACAAUCCGACAAAGAAAAAAGGAGAUGAAGACACCGAUAGUAAUAAUACCCCGGGGGUUAGAACGGAGAGGAAACAGGGUCCCAUGCUGGUUAAAGAGUUUUCUCAAAGUAUACCGCACCGUGUACGAAGUAUUCUAGAAACCACUAGUGACGAACAUCCAUGGCUUCAAUCUCUUCUCGCACAAUCCAUCCGGUCAAACCCCAACGAGAGACCAAACCUUCAUGAGUUCUUGGGAGACUACCUGCAACAUGUACCAAAGUGUUUUCGCACUUUAUACCUACCAUACUUAAUGCUUACACUACAUCCAGCUCUAAAAUUCCCACAAUGCAAAACACAUUUGUUGUUCGGAAUUAUUAGGUACCAAUUGAAUCUGUACAUUGCGGAAAAUACAAAAGUAUCGCCCCCAACAUCGGUGGCAGAUAGCAGGGACGAUAAUAGCGAUCAAAGUUAUCGAAGUAAUUCAGAAUAUAAAAGCAAUUCAGACAUCAGAUUUUCUGAUGGUCUUCGGCGAUGCUUGAGUCUAGUUCAGAUUAAACCUAUUGAUCCUACUAUUCUACAUCGCUCUUGGAAUAGAUUUAUUAUGGAAAAGCGAGCGUAUCCCCGGCUUCGAGAGAUAUCUACAAUGUGGCAUCAUUGUCAAAAUCUUUCGGAAUGGAAUUGGGAUAACGGUGAAAAGGUCUGGGGGGAGUUACUUGAGUUCUGGAUGGCUGUGGAGGAGUCAUGUGGUCCGGAAGAUGCACAGGAUCAAGACCUUUAUUCGUUUGCACACGCGAUCGAGAAUUGUUUGUGGCGAAAUUUGUACCUUGAGACAAUAAAGCCACCAGCUCAUACCGAACCUUCAGCUCAUACCGAACCUUCAGCUCAUACCGAACCUUCAGCUCAUACCGAACCUUCAGCUCAUACCGAGCCAUCAGUUCAUACCGAACCUUCAGCUCAUACCGAACCUUCAGCUCAUACCGAGUCAUCAAUUCAUACCGAGCCAUCAAUUCAUACCGUAUGUGGGGACAGGGAUGUAGAGACUUUCGUUGACAUAGAGUGGAUAGAAAUUGCUACUAAAACGAAAUUGUAUUUGCAGGGAGAACUUGACGUUGCUAUUCUUUUCAUCAUGGAAUGUUUGGAGGAAUGCAUCAAUGACGAUGAGCCCGCCUAUCAACGGGUGUUGGAGAAGUUGUUGUCGCUUAUAGUUCCGUUUGCCUCUACGUCUACGGUAAGCGAGCUUCUAGCCCCCUACUUGAUCGGUAAGAAAAUGCUUCUUCCCCUGAUGGCAAUUGCUGCUUCCCUGCAAGCUAGAGGUCCUAGUUCUUCUUGUAUCAAUGCCAUUCUGGCUGCGAUUUGCGACUUCAAAGUAGAUGACCACUACUUGAGGUGCCUGCCCGCAAUUGCUACGUUGUGGUUCAGGGCACUUAGGAUAAGGUCUGAUGAUACUUUAUCUGACAAUGGUGGAUCGUCUGACUCAGAUGAUUCAUCUAAUAAUAAAUCCCGCGCCCUAAGUGCUCUAUCUGAGCAUCUGGUGUCGACUCUGUCUGACAACUUUACGAAUGUAGUCCCACUAAUAAUCCCCCACUUAUAUCCGUACCUGGUCGCGGAAGGCGGAACGGAAAGGCUGGAAGCGAACUUAGUUAGAGUCGUGGAGUCAAUUACGGCUAGUGGCACGCGCCAGUCGAGCGACCUUCCUCAGUGGAACGAUCUCCGUCAGUGGAACGAUCUCCGUCAGUGGAGCCACAUCCCCAGCAUGAUUGAGGCGUGCGGUGUUCUGGAACGACUCAAACUGGAAACGGACUGCACCGAAACAACGCUGAGGAGCUACGUCGAAAAUGCCCUGCCGUUCUUCCUCAACGUCGGAUUCGGCAACCUGGCCCUCACUCCGAUCGUAAUUGGUUGUGUGGGGAAAAUUGUCAACGUAAUCUUGGCCGAGGCAAACAGCCCGGACCUCCAGGUUGGUGGCACCAAGGAUGACGCCAAGGGUGUCACUCAGGGUGUCAUCAAGGGUGUUCUAGACCUGGACCGCCCCGUGCCAGACCUGGACCGCCCCGUGCCAGAUGGAUUACGGUUUCGUCCGCGGGUGAUUACGGCUUUAGCGAAGAGCAUGGAAGUUAUUCUCCGACUGAUGGGUCAGUGCAGGUUCGUGAAGCAAGGUGAGAUCGCGGACUUCGUCCAAGGCAUACGGGACUGUCUGUCUCCAGCAGAGUAUGAAUGUCUUCGUUGUUUACUGUCGACAGCCAUGUCUACCAGCAAGGCCGACGUUUGUGGGACUGUUUCCGGUAGAACAGCCGUUGUCGGGGGUGAAGUGGGUCGCGUGGACAUAGCAAGUUGUUUGGUGCAACUGCGGCGCCAAACAGUGGGCGAUCCGGUAGGUUUGGUGAGGUGGAAGGAGCGUCGUAGCUUGGAGUUGCUUGUGCACAAACAUUGUGAAUCGAUUCUGUGUGGUGGCGGGGAAGCUGUGUUGACAGAGACACAUCCGUUGCCGAUAGCGUUUACGCAGACGUUGCCGAGGACGAUGGCGGAGGAGUGUGUGGCGCCCCGUUCAUUGCUUCGUGGGGAGUGGUUGACGUGGAUUAGUCUGAAAAGCGUGACGUCAGGCACACAAUGGGCAGGCUAUUCGUAUCUGCCUGUGGGCUCGUCAGUUGGACAUUUGGUGGAGUUGGUUGCAUUGCCAAAGGCGCAGUUAUUGGUGUUGUUGAAGGACAAGGAGUUGCGGAUUGUACAGGGCUUACUGUUUGAUUGUACUCUACCAGGUCCAGACGAUUUACGUAAGACUCCCGGCGUCUGGACGGGUGGAUGGCUUCGACAGGGUGAGGAAGGCGGCGAAGAAGGCGGCGAAGAAUCAGUGAGGCAACCCCCGCUGCUCCGAACCCUGCCCUUUGAUUGCCUGUCUUUUGAUGUUUUCCAAAACCGCUGCUAUCUAGGCUGCCAAAAUGGAGAAGUCAAUGGUCUCUGGGCUAACAAUCUCACGACUACACCCGACCCCAUACUCAACGCCAUCGCUGGACCCUUCGAGAGCGCCGAAGCUGCACCCGUCUGUGUGUGCGAAAUGCCGCAACUUCUCGUCGUCGUACUCUCGAACGGGCUCAUCCGGUGCGUACAAACAAAUUCGGGUGAGGAAAAUUACCUCUGUCUACCCGUUGAGGCCGGAACGCCCGUCAAAGCGAUCGCCCUCAACGGUUUUCAUAGCGACGACGUUCUUGGACCGGACGGAUUCAACAAUGCCGCCUCAGACCAACGACUCAAGUCGGGUGAACGACUCAGAUCCGGCGAACGACUCAGGUCCGGCGAACGACUCAGAUCCAGCGAACGACCCAGAUCCGGCGAGCGACUCAGGUCCGGCGAGAGACUUAGUGAACGACUGCCCCUAGACGGCCUCCCACCGCGACAGAGCCCGCUGUUUGGCACCACGACUGAUGGUGAGUUUGAUUUCUUGCCGGAUUUGUUGUUGGCUGCGUUACGAGAACAGUUGCCGCGCAGUGGUGACGGACAUUGCUUGCACGGCCAGUCUUAA